UUUCGGAAAAGUAAUUGUUGUAACGGAAUGAACUUCAAGAUACUAUCUAUUUUUCUGAUGGUGAAUUAUGCCGUUUCGAUUGAACCGGUCGAUUCCCUUAUUGUGCGGAAUGCGAAGCGUUCGUGCUCAAAAAUAGAAUAUUACGAUAGGUUGAGACAAAGAUGUCGAGACUUUCCAGGCGGAGGAUAUCUCGUGAUUGUAGACCACUCUGCGAAAUGUGCCAACGGAGACCGAGGACUGCAUAAAUUCAAUCGAAACGAUUUCUACUACGUAUGUCACCCGGAAGGUGUGAUGAUUGGGAUGUGCCCUACUGAUAUGGUUUUCAGCGAAAUUGAGAAGAAGUGCGUUCAAAAGAAUGAAAACUCGACACCUACGAUACGAAUCUACGAUGAGUCGAAGGAUUGUGGUGUGGUGAUUCCAAACUGCAACAGUGCUGGAAUUUUCUCCGUCCCCUCCAAUUGCUCCUACUACUACGACUGUCAACAGUUCAACUAUGAUUAUCAUCAGUAUGUAUAUAAGUGUCCUCACCAGACGAUGUUUCAUCCGGAUUUGCAUCGCUGUACAACAAUGACUCGAUGCUAUCCCGAUCAUUAUGACAUUUUCGAUCGAUUUGACUAUGAUUACUUUCCUCGAUGUGUUCUACCAGGUCAGUUUCGGACAUCAAAGGACUGCAGUCUGUACUAUAGGUGCAUACCAAAUAUGGAUGGAUCGUUUUUCCAAAUUAGAUAUGAGUGCCCCCCAACAAUGUUUUAUGACAGAGAAACGGAGCGUUGUGAAAUGAGACAAUCUGAUAAAUGUGAAUACAUAAUUUGGGAUGAUAUCAUAAACGACUAUGCUUCGAAACAUAACAUGUCGAACAACAUCGACCAUCUUCAGAACACGACUGUAAUCAGCACCAUAAACACGACGAUAGCUACCAGUUCCCCGCCAACUCGAGUGAUAGAGACAACUGAACAAGCGACGAUGACUGACGAGUCUAUUGCCACACUAUCCACACCAAUCAACAUAAACCAAAUAUCGAGUGAAACGAAUGUUCAGGAUGAUACAAGUUCUACUAUUCAGUACAGCGAUUUAACGAUAUUCACCGAUCUGUAUCAAACUAAUGAAACCACCGACGAAAAUAGGUUUGAUUUGAGUCGCGUUGCGUCUACUAGCGCAGUAACAACACAAUCCGAAGACAUUACCCUUGUAUCUACACUGGAGACAGAUCCAAGCACAACGAAUACAGCACUUCCCGCUUUACAAACCACGGAUGAACAGACAUUUCUUGCAGAAAGCUCGCAAUCCUUCACAGACACUGUAUCGACGGUAGCUCCCGAAAGUUCGACCGAAACAACGGAAGACAACGUUGAAGAACCCACUCGAAUGCCAUCUACUUUUCUAACCAACCAAACCCAAUUAACCACUUCAAAACCACCUAUGCAAACGACAGUCGUCGCUAGCAGCUCUACAACACUUUCUGAUUCUGAUGGCUACGAGCACUUCACAUGGGAUGAUGAACAUUGGUCCAGACGGCCUCACAGUCGGACCACAGCAGAGCCUAGGGUCCAAUACCACCCGGAACAGCAAUCAUUCGAAGAAACUGAUUCCGAUUAUUGGGAUGACGGGAAGGAGCACAAAUUCCCGGGAACUGUAAUAUAUUCGACUAUCGAUGUGACUACUGAUGCAGAAGUUAGUACACCGAAUGUAACGACCUCGAGUCCUGGUGAAUCAACACGGCAGACCACAAAUUCCGGGAUAAGCACGACAGAGCGCAAGGGAGUCUGUCCAACCGAAUUAUCCACGACCGAUUGCGAUACUUCUUCUGAUCCCGAACUUCCAACAGAUGAUAAGCGAACACCGGGUCAUACAUUCCCCCUCGAUUCGGAUGAACUCACUAGUCCCAACAAGGAAGAACCAGUUGUAUGCUUCAAUAAUGAUGCCGGUGGACUAACGUGUGAUGGCAUACGGGGUAAACGUGGAGGAAGUUUCGUAAUUCCCGGGUACAUAAUACGCUAUCGUCAGAGAAAAAACGAAGGACUAGCGUCGAAGCCAGGUUUAGAUGCAAAAAUCAACCUACGGCUGAGCUACCCCACCUCGUACUUAAUUGAAGCUAUCGCGAGGCAGCGAAGUUCUUGAGAAAAGAAAAGCUUGUAAUUCAUUGUAACGAAUAUUUAUUGUUGCUAGCGGUAAAAUAAUAAUAAUAUAGUUAUGUUAAAGCAAUAAUAACUCAUGUAAUCUAGCUCAAACUGCUGCUCUUCUGAGAUUUUUGUCCAACUUUAGCAGAAAUAGGAGCUGGCAAUUCUACACCGGCCUUUUCAUAGAUCUUAGGAAUGGAGC